GUGUUGGUCUCGAGGCCGACACAGACGCGCUUCUCAUUCAGUAACUCACACCGCAAUGUUGGUGAACAGACUACGCCGCAGCAGCUGCACGAACUCGUCCACUAUGUCGUCGAACUCGUCCAGGCGGUAUCAUAGAUCAAGCCAUAGCUAUCGAUGGCUGCUAUUCGUCUGCUAUUUGGCCGCACAAAUGUCCUGCACAACGGCUGCACAUCCGAAUUGCAGCGAAGCAUGUUUAGCGGAAAUUGCACAGAUUCGACUUGAAGAUAUCAAGAAUCGACUAUUGUCAUCGAUGGGUAUGCAAGAACCACCAAAGGUGGACUCCGUAGAUCUUCCACCUUCGGCUAUCGAGGAAAUGAUAGAAGGAUUGGAAGAGAUGGAUGAGAAACUAGAGGAAGAUACAGCAGAAAAGACAUUCAUCAUAGCUGUGGAUCCUUCUGAAGGAUUGGAUCGUCAAACAUUAGUAGCAAAUUUUCCUGUCUCGAUGACUACAAUGAUGCGAAAAGUAGCAAAGGCAUAUCUUCACGUAUACCUUCAUGUAGAUCGACCACUUCCUGAACCUGAACCGAUUGAAGUGGUUGUUCGAGAACGGCGAUUAAAUGGAGAGGUCGGUGACAUAGUCGCCACCAAAACCGUCAUCAUCGAGAAGAGCGAUAAAAUCGUUGUACCACUCAAAAGUUUUGACGUUGAAAGGUGGUGGCGAUCGGAUCCCAUUCUUGGUCUAUAUGUAGUUGCCAUGCUCGACGGUCAAAAUAUCGCGGUUCAUCCACAGGAGGAUCGUCAUGCUCGUCAUACCAUGUUCAUGUCAGUCACGCUGGAUUCCUCUUCGUCAUCAAGACGGAAGCGAAGUCCAGCUGUUUGCACACCCGAAGACCAAGAACCUGGUUGCUGUCUUUAUGAUCUCACUGUGGAUUUUCAACAAAUGGGAUGGAACUUCAUCAUCGCACCGCAUAAAUACAACGCCUACAUGUGCAGAGGAGACUGUACACUGAGUCAUCCUCAUGUCUCUCGAGCUGGACAUACAAAAGUGGCGAAGACGGGUAUUAUCACUCGGCAAGAUGCUACAGGAACGCAGGGCAUGUGCUGUCAUCCAGCAGAGUAUGAUGCAAUACGAAUGAUUUAUAUGAAUGCUGAUAAUCAAGUAACGGUGGCUCGAGUUCCGGGUAUGAUCGCACGCAAAUGCUCGUGUUCUUGAUUCUACUAGCACUUUUAAUCUCUUACUUUCCAAAAUUCCGGUAUCUAUACGGUCCCUGGCGAUCUCAUCUUCGAAUUCUUCAUAGAUAAUCGCCUUUCGCAUAUUAAGUGUUUGCAAUUUAUAAGGUCUCUUUUUCUUUUUUAUUUACCUCGGCGUGCAUCUUAUACAAGACGUAUAUAGAUUUUCUUAGGAUUUAUAGAAUGCCUAUUCUGAUUUCAUUUUCCGCUCUCCCUUAAUCUUAUAGGCCCUUUUCAAUUUAUCUGUAUGCAAUUUCUGC